AGCAGCCAGGCAGCUAGCUGAAAUUUGGCCCUCUUGGGCCUCGGAAACCGCUUCAAAUGACAGGGUUCCCCGCUCAAGGCAUAGUUUACAGAGAUACCGCAUGAUACUGCGUGCAUGUCCGAUCGCUAGUUACCGCGCAAUUCUAACUCCGUGUUGGAGGGGGGGAUUGAUCAUAGUCGUGCCUGCAUCCUCGAUUUUUUUUCUUGCCUCUCUCCACCCAAUCUUCCAUAACUCGUUAUACAUUGGAUACUAUCUCUUGGCAUCGCAACUCAGAAAAAAACAUGUGUCAACGACUCAUUGAAACGAUCGAGCACAGAUGCGGGUGUAGAAUCGAUUCCCCUGGCAGUGUCAUUGAACUCAAUGGCUGCAACAAUUGCGGCAUCAUCAAGCGAACACAGCAAAUGGGCAAGACGACUAAGAGGGACCCAUGCCCUGAUUGUAUCACCAAUGGUCUCUGGGUGAAGAGGAAUGGAAAGUGGGAGAAGGCUUAGAACACUACCGAUGGUGAGCAAGGAUUUUUGGCAAAGGACCGAAAGCCAAUUGAUCAAAAUCGGUUGCAAUAAACUGGCCUCUCACUAGACUGUUGUGGAUUUCAUUUAUGUAUUACACUUGUGAACGUUUCCGAGUGUUAUUAUCUAGUUGAAUUCAAUGGGUAAAGGGAGAAGACAUCCGUUGAGCAUACUUGGGAGACGGAGGUGUCAGAAUGCAGCAGGAAUAGGUGGAUACUCAGACAGGAUAUGCUAUCUGUCGGGAAAGGUGGAGAUCAAUGUUACUAGCG